AGCGAUCACAUGACCCACGCUUUGGUAGGCGAGGUCGGAUGAAAGAGGAGGGGUAGCGAAAGUGACAAUAGACUUUGUCUAUAUUUCUCGCCGCAUCUUCCCGAAUUUUCGCCAUGUCUCGACGGUCGCAGAAGUUAACGCAGAAGACGGUGGUCACCGAGACCACCACCAGCUCGGUCUCCACGCCGAAGGUGACCAAGCAGGUCCAGGAAGCCUUCGUAACGCAGCUCAGCCCCACGCGGCUCACUCGUAUGCAGGAGAAGCAAGAGCUUCAAUGGCUGAACGACCGGCUUGCCCAGUACAUCGACCGUGUGCGCUACCUGGAGGCGGAAAACUCCCGUCUUAUGGUCCAGGUGACGUCCUCCGAGGAGAUCACUCAACGAGAGGUGACCAACAUCAAGUCUAUGUUCGAGCAAGAGCUGACCGACGCCCGCAAGUUACUCGACGACACCGCCAAGGAGAAAGCGCGAGUCCAGAUCGAAGCCGGUAAAUAUCGCGCCGAAGCCGACGAGCUGAGGGCAAAGCUUGCGAAGAGUGAGGGUGCCCUUGCCACCGCGGAGAAGAAGCGCCACCAGGCGGAGAGCGCUCUCAACGAGAAGGAGGGCCGUCUGCAGAAUGCCAUCGCAGACAAGCAGCGCGCCGAGGGCGAGCUGGCUGCGCUCCGACUGGAGUUCGCCAACCUGGAGAAGCAGCUGGCGACCGCGCGGAAACAGCUGGAGGAGGAGACACUGCUGCGGGUGGACCUGGAGAACAAGGUGCAGACCCUGAGGGAGGAGGUCGAGUUCAACAAGCAGGUGUACGAACAGGAGCUGACAGAGUCCCGCACCAGGAAGGAAGUCAGCAUCACGGAGGUGGACGCGGGAGAGGCUGCGUUCGAGAGCCGUCUGCAGGAGGCCCUGCGUGAGAUGAGGGAACAGCACGAGCUGGAGGCCAGGUCCAUGAGGGAGGAACUGGAGACCAUGUAUACUCAGAAGAUAACGUCCAUGAAGACAGAUUCGGAGCGAGGCAGCAACGCCCUGUCCGUGGCCCGCGAGGAAAUGAGGGAAAGUCGCGCUCGCAUCGACAGCCUCAUGUCCCAGGUCAGCGGCCUCCAGGGACAGAAUGCCUCCCUGGAAGCUCGCUGUAAGGAGCUGGAGGGGAUGAUGGCGCGCAUGAGCGAGGAGAGCCGGUCCUCCGCAGAGCAGUACGAGCGCGAGAUCCGCCAGCUGCGGGAGGAGAUCUCCCAGAUGAUGGUGGACUAUCAGGAGCUCAUGGACAUCAAGAUCGCGCUGGACCUGGAGAUCAGCGCCUACAGGACCCUGCUGGAGGGGGAGGAGCAGAGGCUGAAGCUGACCCCCACACCGUCCCCGACAGGUCGCACGCGCAGCGUGGUCCAGGAGUCCAGGAAGACCACUACUGUCAGCUCCUCAUCUUCUGCUUCCGGCAGGGGCAGGACCAGUAAGAGGAAGCGUGUUGAGAUGGAGUCCGAAGAGUCGGGUUCGUCGUCCUCCGGAGCCGUGGCAGUGGGGGGCGUGAGCGGCAGUGCCAGCGCCAUGGUGACCCAGAGCGCCACGGCCUCAGGUUUCAUCACCAUCGACGAGGUGGAUCUGGAGGGGAAGUUUGUCAAGCUACAGAACACCUCUGCUGAGAAGGACAUGAGCAUGGGUGGCUGGCUGCUGAAGAGGACUGUAGGAGGUGGGGAGGAGAUCUCCUACAAGUUCCCCUCCAGAUACGUCCUGAAGGCUGGUCAGUCUGUCACGGUCUGGGCAACUGAAGGUGGCGGCACUCACAGCCCUCCCUCUGACCUGUUGUUCCGUGGUCAGGCCUCUUGGGGCAGCGGAGAUGACACCAAGACUCUUCUUGUGAACGACAGCGGCGAGGAGUACGCAUUUCGCUCGGUCACCAAAAUUGGAGGCUGCGGUGAGCCAAGCAGUGGGUAUUCUGGACGUCGCAAGGAGAUGGCAACAAGGUCGGUGACCCGCGUGGCCAGCUCAGGCUUCUCCAGCACCAGCGGGGGUACCUUUGUUGAGGUAGGCCAGGAAGAACUCUUUCACCAACAGGGUGACCCGGCUAGCCCAAGACAGCGUUGCAGCAUCAUGUGAUGACAACAGAGACUGUCACGUCAAUACAGUCUAGACUAUACUGGAUCCAUUUUUUUUAUUUUCCUUUUUUUUACUCAAUUCAAUAGCGAUAAGUAGAACAAUGUUCAUCUAUCUCUCUCACAGAAGUGAUUCCAGGUAUUCAUGUCCACUAUUCUCAUUGACAUGAACAUAAACAUAAACACAAUGUGGAUUUUAUAUACAAAAUUUGGAAAGAAAGAGUGUAUGUUCGUUGUACAUUUGAAAAUUUGUAACCAAGUGAUUGUUUGAAGUAAAUUACAGAGCACUGACUUUCGCAAUGCUGGUGCAGAAGGUGAAAGAUUUCUAACAUUUUUCCAAACUGUUUUUGAAAUAUUGAUGUGUUCUUGCCAGUAUUGUAUUCAUUCUGUGAGGGAUGGUUGGGACGCCGAUAGCUUUCGCUCGGAGAACGCCUUAGUUCUUUCAGUAGAAUUGUAAAAGCUGGUUUGUUACAGCUGUGCAAUUAUUCCUAGUGCUUCUGUCAUGUACUAUCACUCGGUAUUCAUACCAUGAGGACCAAGUUUCUUGUCAUCUCAUUGUAAAACGCAUGCUACAAACCAGCAUUGCUAAUUGUAAGCAAUUACAAACUUAGCAUAGUUUGCAUCACACAUCUUAAGUAGUAAGUGUUUCAUAGCCAUAAGUGGACAUGUGCAAAUUUUUCCAUCCUUUUUUACUCAAUAGAAGCAGAUGUUGAACUGUAUGUAUUAGAAAAAGCAGUGAUUUGAGCCAUUUUGAGAUCAUUGGUCAAACAUGCACAAAGUUUGGCACACAUUUUUGUCCCGUUGAUCCAGCGAAACAAUUAGUUGCUAUAGUCCCUGCUUACCAUGUACUUAGGGAGUACUACUACAGUAUAUAUGUGCAGUGAAGACGCAAAAACCAAAGUAUGAUAACUAAGGUGUUAGGGUAGGGGGUGGGGUUGUCUGUGGCACUUUGUACAAUGAUAGGUAACUUAAGGGUGCAUUUUGUAGGGUUGCAGUAGGCCGAGCCUUGUAGUUUGGGCUUAUAGAGAAGGGACCUUUGUAUUUAUAUCUUGAUACUGUGGAGCUUUUCCUCUUAGAUUAAGGUGGUAAUUUGCAUAUUUGUGAUAAUCAGUAUCUCGGAAAUUUUUAAAGCUUCUGUAUCCCAAGUUAUGCAUGCUUUAUUAGUAGUCUCGUUAUUAGAAUGAUUUUCAUGAAUUAUCCAAUGAUUCUAAGUUGUUUUUUUGUACUGCAUAGAAACUCUGGCUUUCUGUAGGUACUUUUUCAUAUGUAAUGGUACAGUGUAUUUAGUAUUGUGCAGAUGUGCAUGCCUAUGCCUGUGCUUCUUUGUGCAUUUCUUUGUAAGCCACAAUUUACUUAGUUACUAACUUCAGCGUCACUUAUUAACCACAGUGUACCGAAUGAAAACCUCAACAGGUUUCCUGUCAUAACCCUUGCAUUUUUUUUUAAAUGGCGUUUUGUAUUGUUGAAAAAAAAAAAGCUACGUCAAAAUUGUUCACGCCAUCUUUCUUAGGAAGCUAAUGCAGUGAAAGUCAGGACUUGUGGCCUUAGAGUUCUAAAAAAACCAUUCCAUGUUUAGACCAAAAGUUUGUGCAAUGAUGGUGUGGUGAAGAUUUUACCCUGCUUACUGCCACCUGGCUUGGUGUGUGAGCUGUCACUUGUAGAAAAUCUGGUGCCCUCAAAACAUCUUGGCAUAGUUAUACGGGCACUAAACCAAUUACACAGAGGGCAAGCGAAUGAAAAACGUUCACAUAUCGCAAAGGAUUUAUCAGAUGAGCGGAAUCAUGCACAAGUUGUGACAGGAAACGUGUGCUGGCAGCUUCUGUACUAAUUUGUAUGGUUUAAAAGGCAAAUAAACCAAGUAUUUUAAGAAAAUUCA